AUGACCUUAUCCUCAGAACUACAACGUUUGACCAUACACACACCCACGCACACAGAAAUGCUUCGCAACUCAGGCAAAUGGGCGACCCUCCUUCCUUCACCGCCGAAGCUCCCAAGCCUCCCCACCACUCAUGAACAACCUCGCACACCCACGAGGACGAAAUCCACACUCGGAGCUCAAAGGAAAUGCCAGAGCCGUCCACACAACACGAGCGUUCCGUGUGCAGCGAGGCGGAGAUCGGUGCGGCACGGUGGCGGCGGCGAGGAGGAGGAUGAGGAAGACAGAGGCGACGGGGAAGAGCACGGCCACAACAAGGAGAUUGUGAUGUUGGAGCUUUACAGCCAGUCCGCAAGAGGAGAAGCUCUUGUGGUGCAUGCCGCUGUGGACGGAGAGGAGGUAGAAGUCCUCAUUUAUAAGGGAUUUUCUUCGAGCUUGAGCUAUGGAACAUCGCCGGAUCCAUCGACAAGCAUUCUUCCGGCGAAGGCACAGAUCAAGUCGAUCGACAGAAUCAAAGGACCUUUCGACCCUUCUAAUAUCGAGUACAUUGAGAAAGGGCUGACGUGGGAAAAUUUCAAGCAAGUUCUCACACCCAAGCGAAAAUAAUCGUGCCAUGUCAGUUCUUUCUUCUAAAGAGAUAGUGCAAUGGAACCUUUUUUUUGGUUUUUUUUUAUAAAGAUUUUCUCUCCUUUUUUUCUUGCUAAUCUUCAGUAA